UGAUGGUUUCCCACAAGGAGCGAUUUGAGAUUACUACGGAGCCUGAUUCGUCUGCCAAAGGUCUCGCCUCAAAGAGCCACACUAGUGAAGAUGGAACAGUGACUCCUGCCAUGUCAGGAAGAAAACUCUACAGACUGGUUGGUGUGAGCCUCGGACUCCUGUGUAUCCUGCAAGCAGCUCUCAACAUUUCCCUGCAUCUUGCUCUCUACAGUUCUGAUGCACCAGAUCAUGAUGCUGUGUUCAGGAACCUGACAGAAGAGAGGGACCAGUUGAAGAGGAAGUUGAAUACAUUUGACAGUUCUGAUGCACCAGAUCAUGAUGCUGUGAUCAGGAACCUGAAAGAAGAGAGGGACCAGUUGAAGAGGAAGUUGAAUACAUUUGACAGUUCUGAUGCACCAGAUUAUGAUGCUGUGAUCCGGAACCUGACAGAAGAGAGGGACCAGUUGAAGAGGAAGUUGAACAUAUUUGAUCAUUACACCCAAGAAGGAUGGAGAUACUUCCGCUCUAGUUUCUAUUUCAUUUCCUCUGUCAAGAAAUCCUGGGGAGACAGUAGAGACGACUGUCUGCAGAAAGGAGCAGACCUGGUGAUUAUCAACAGCAAAGAGGAAAAUGAGUUCACAAGACAGUUCAGAAGGCUCUUCUGGAUCGGACUGACUGACACAGAGACAGAAGGGACAUGGAAAUGGGUGGAUGGGACUUUGCUGAGCACAACAACAAGCUACUGGCACGCUGGGGAACCAAACUCCUAUUUUAGCACUAAUGAAGACUGUGGAGAGACAAAGUUCCACGAAGUUGAAGACAACUGGAAUGAUGAAAAAUGUCACUGGCAGAACUUCUGGAUCUGUGAAAAGAAGGUGGCUUGAUAACGCUGCACCCAAACGCACCACACUGGUAACUGAUGAGCUGCAGAGGAAGUGGCUCAUUAAAAUGUAAAGACACAAACAGCCAAGCUACAUUUUGUCAUGUCCCCAUAGUAAGAGGCACUAAUAACAAAACUAAUGAUUUUUAGUUUGAUUCGUUCCUGGGUCCUGGUAUUGUACAUGCUUACUGUGUCAUUUGUUUUGCUGUUCUGACUAUUUGUUAUCAGAAUCAUUCUUUUUUCUUAUGAAUAACCACUUUAGGGGAAGUGGAAGUCUGAUAUAAAGGUCACACAGUCAUAUUAUAGAUAGGGAUGUAGCUGUGAACAAAAUUACACCCCCCAUGAAUUACUGUAUCAAAUUAAACACCUUUUGAGUUUUUAUGACAACUGAAGGCUGCCACAGCUUCUCUAUCAUAUGUAUACUUAUAAUUAUGCAUUUUUAUUCCUACUCAUGCUUGCAUUUUACAACAACAAGCUGUUUCAAUGAGUAACUUCAAUUAAAACCCAGAGCAGGUGUCAGCUUUUACUCUGUAAACCAC